CAAAGCGCGACGUUUCCAUCUUCGCCGCACGUGUGCAGGAACCAUCAGUUAUCGUAUUUAUUUUUGAGUAAUAUAUAUAUAUAUAUAUAUUUGCUAUCGACAUGUUUCAGGUAAAGGAUUGAAAGACUUUCUGGAUUAAUACGUCCAUUGAUUUCAGUACAGGUCAGUAAGCAGCAUGGCACAGUCCUGGUCUGCAGGCCACACUGCUCCGGUGUUGUGUAUUGGAGCUGCAGCAGGAGCCGACGGAUUUCUGGCCUCAGGGGCCGAAGGAGGCGAGGUGACGGUGUGGACUCAAGAAGGGACGCCUCUCUCACAGCUGCGUUUGACCUCUCAGGAUGACGUCACGUGUACAGUUUUCUCCAACACAUCACCGGGGCUGUUGUACGUGUCUCAUGGUGAGACAGUGAGCAUCCUGGACCCACGCAAUCUGAAGAAGCCUGCGGAGGAACUCAAGGAUGUGGGCGAGGACGAGAUCAACUCGCUUUCAGUGAGCGAAACGGGCGCCUCGCUGGCACUGGCCGACGAUUCUGGGGCUGUCAGGGUGGUGGACUUACAGACGGGUAAAGUGAGCCGCACGCUGCGCAAACACACCAACAUCUGUGCUUCUGUCGCUUUCCGACCCCAGAGGCCGCAGAGCCUCGUGUCUGCCGGCUUGGACAUGCAGCUGAUGCUGUGGAACCUGCAGAAAGCUCGUCCAGUGUGGAUCUACAGCCUGCAGGAAUCGGUGGAGGAGGAAGAGAGAUCCCAGCAACGAGCCGGUCAGCUCUUUAACCCGCCUCUGGCUCACUGCGUCAGUGUCGCAGCGUGUGGAAACGUUUUGGCGUGUGCCGCAGAGGACGGGCGCGUGCACCUCGCCCGCGUGGGUGCAGGCUCCAGACUCGAGCAGCAGGGGGCGAUAAAGGCUCACAGUCAGGGAGCUUCUCAGGCUCACUUCCUCAACUUCAUGCCUCAUCCUUACUGGCUGGCCACCGGGGGCAACGACGGAGUAGUGGCAUUGUGGGAUUUGAGCGAGGAGCCUGUAGUGGCAGGAGAGGUCAAGGUCAAAGCUCAACGCAGGAAGCCCAAAAACAGGAAGUCAAAGCCUGCAAGUCAUGAAGCUGAAGAGGCAAAGAGAAGCGAAGAGGAGCUUGCAGAGGAGGCUAGAAGUAUCGACCCGAAUCGCACGAAGAUGCCGUUGAAACUGAAGUUCGUUCACGAGGAGAAGGUGAACUGGGUGUGUCCGGCUCUUCUGAAAGGACAGCCUAGCUUACUUGUGGCGGAUCAGAGCACCAGUUUAUCGGUGUACUCUCUGUCUGGGCUUUAGCAGCAUUUUCUCCUCCAGCAGUGUGGGAACAGAACUGUGUUUAGCUUUAUUUAUUUGCCUUGUGGUUAAACAAAGGGUGCUUGUAAAAUACAGAGCAAGUCAGACUGAAUUGAUGGUUUUGUGCCUGUUUAUCGUGUGUGUGUGUGUGUGUGUACUGAAACUCCAGGGCCGGGUCUUCAUACAUCAUUUAAGCAAAUCCAACAAGAGAUGACGAGCCAGAUUACUAAUCAUUAUAAUUCUGUCCUCCAGUUUGUUUAUUUAGACACGUUUGAGAGCAGCAUUAGUAUAGCCGUUUGGAGAUAACUGCGCGAUCCUGUGUCGCCAGGAAAUGGCGGAUAUAACCAGACUCGAAACCAGUGGGUCAGCGAUCGACUAAUGAUAAAUGUGCAGAAGCGUGAAAAUGUUUUAUAUAAUGUACAAAGAUGAGCGCAGGUUAGUUUAACGUGACCAUGGAACGUUAAUCAAAGUCAGGAAAUCGUAACACAACUUUAAAUCAUGACACCAUGUCGAUGUGAUGUGUGUGUGUGUGGACAUCCUACAGGCUUGAACUGUGUCAAUAAAAAGUGUGAGCACACUGGUCACGUGAUGUCAUUAUGUGAAAUAAACUUAAAACAAUGACAUAGAAAUUGGGCGUUUUAGACGACUUUGUUAUUUAUUUACUUUUAACAUGUUAAAUCUCUGUAGCAGUUUUUUUUUGUAGGUUAAGCCAAACCUGUUUUAUUAUAUUAUGUACAUUCAGAACUAAACUUUAUCUUCUGUUAUCAUUUUCCAUAGUUACAUUUCGCAGAUGUUCGUAUCCAGUGCAAUGUACAAUUUAUCUCAUUUUACAUACCUGAGCAAUUGAUGGUUAAGGGCCUUGCUCAAGGGCCCAGCAGUGGCAGCUUGGUGGAGCUGGGAUUCGAACUCACAACCUUCCCAUCAGUAGGCCAGCACCUUCACCGCUAAGCUACCACCUCCUGUAGCUUAAAUCGUAUCAAAAAACUAUCGCAGUGUAUCAUUACACCCGUACACUUACUUCCUCCAUGUUCAGUGGUUUAUUAUUGCACGAAAACAAGCCCAACUUAGCCCAGGCAUGGUGGUUCUUAUAGGAACAUGAUCCUGUAAGUGAUGGAAUUAAUGUCACCAACCUGUUUAUUAUUGUCUCCUCUGCAGCGUUUUAUUAUUCGCCAGCAAUUAGCGUUUUUCACGUAUUAAUCAAUUAACGAUACGUCAUCUACUUUAUCCACUUAUAGAUACUUUUUUAGAGCUAAUUGUCCAAGGAUUGUUAUAGUAAGAUGAAAGCUGAUUGUCGUGUUACUGAGAAAGCAGAUGUGUUUAUUAGUCUUCGAUGCUGCGGUGCAUCCGCUGGAAAAUGUCAACGAAUUAGCUGUUGCUAUGUGGCGUAUUAGAAUCGGCAUAUUAAUAUAUUAUGAUUGAUAUAAAUAAGUAAAUGAUUUAGUCAGAACUACUGCUCUUAAAGAAAACGGCUAAGCCGAUCAGAGAAUUUCAGGAACUCCGCGUGCUAUAAAUAUAUACGUCUUUGUACGAACUUGCCUUGGCAAACCAAAUAGUCAAAAAUCCAGUCUAGUUAAUUCACUAAUCCGUGUAUAAAGAACAGGGCUCUGGUCCUCUGACGUGGAAUUCUGUAUGACGAAUGGAUGGAUUAAUCUGUCCGAGCGUGUGCUGAAUUAUCCUCGUUUCGUUCUGAAGCGUCUUUUCCUUCUAUUACGGGAGUUUUGCUGUAACACCGAAGAAGCUUAAGAGAGUAAGACGGUGUUUGUCUGGAGAGCCGGGAGGGAAUGAUUUAAAGCGGCGAGAAGCAUCCUCGGCUAACAGAGACCCUGAAUUGUACCUCAUACAUCAGGAACAAUACUUAAACCUAAAAUAACAACAGGAGCUUACUGAAAUGAGUUCAGGACACGGGUUAACAUGCAAAAAUGGCAGUUUAUUUACAGGAUUCAGCAGGAGCCCGAGCCUGAUGAGUUACCAUAAUUACACCGUCAGCGUUGGACAUAUGAGGCACAAAGCAGAGGCGUGGAGGGAAAAGAAAAACAUGCUUUUAACACAGUUAACUCCUGGUACCUUGAAAAAUAAAUAACAGUUUUAUGGUGUUAAAUUAAAACCUGUGUAGUCCAAAUAAAUAAAUCUGUGUGAAUGCUUUGGAUGAAGGUUCUCACUAAAACUCAAAGACGUAAAUAGACUCCAGGUUGAGUCGAGUCUAUAUAAAAACAAAGAAGAAGAAAAAAAACAA